AUGGGUCGCGUCCGCACCAAGACAGUCAAGCGUUCCGCUAAGGUCAUCAUCGAGCGUUACUACCCCAAGUUGACGCUCGACUUCGAGACCAACAAGCGUAUCUGCGAUGAGAUCGCUAUCAUUGCCUCCAAGCGUCUCCGCAACAAGAUCGCCGGUUACACUACCCACCUUAUGAAGCGUAUCCAGCGUGGUCCUGUCCGCGGUAUCUCCUUCAAGCUUCAGGAAGAGGAGCGUGAGCGCAAGGAUCAGUACGUCCCUGAGGUCUCUGCUCUGGAUGUCUCCCAGACCGAGUCCGGCCAGCUCGACGUUGAUGCCGACACCAAGGACCUCCUCAAGUCCCUCGGCUUCGACAACCUGAAGGUCAACCUCGUCCAGGUCUCUCAGCAGCAGGCCCAGGAGCGCCCCCGCCGCUACCGGUAG